AUGAAGCCCACGCUCAUGACCGCGGGAAGGGGCUCGGCGCCGCCCGGGAGCAGCACGAGGCCGGGCCGACAGAGCCCCCAGAGACCCGCGCGCGCCCCGGAAGCCGGACCCGCGGAGCUUCCGGCGGCUUCGGGACCCCUCCCCACUGCCUCCGCGGCAGACGGCGCCGCGCGCCACGCGAGGGCGGCCAAUCCGCGGCCAGAAGCUCGACGGACCAAUCCGCGGCCAGAACCUCGGGCGGACCAGUCCGCGGCCGGGAGCUCGGGCCGUGUGCCCGCCCCUUGCGUCCGGGAUUGGGCGGUCGGAACCUCCGGAGCGGAGGCCGGAAGUCGUGUCCCCAGCUGGCGUGCACACACCAGCGGGCAGAGCGUCCCCCGUGGGAACCGAGACUUCCCCCUGGAGCGCAGGGACCGCCCUGAGCCUGGUGCCCGACCCCAAGACCGUGGUGACCUGACCUUCACUGCCCACCUGCUCGGACCCACGACCUGUGUCCCACACUUUCUUUAUAUGAACCUGGACGUGCUUUGGAGCACGUCUUUGAGACCCUAGUCUGCGGUCUCCGGGUGGUGGUCUCACCGAAAUAAAUUCCUUUCCCGUUUCCCCACCA